AUGGUUGAAAUUAACGAGAAUGAAAAUAAAUAUUAUACUGAUGAUUACGAUAGUGAGUAUGAGUUAUACGAAGCAAUUAGAAAUAAACCUCAGAGUUCAAAUUUUGAUGAUAAUUCUAUGGUUGUUGAACCUUCUACUACUACCAUACCAGAACCAGUAACUGUUACUCCUGUUAGAAAGACUAAAAUUACACGUCAACCUUCA